AAUUCUUCUUUUCUUCUUCCAACCACGAGGCCCUAGUGCCUACCAUCUACACUACCCGCCGAGGCUCUACAAGGCCCUCCAUCCUUUGGCGCACCCUCGCCCACUAGCUGAUUGAGCCACGCAGCAUCUACCCAGUUCGCUGGCCAUGGCGAGCCUGUCGGCAUCUGGCGCCUAUCUGGGCGAGAAACCUUCUCCACGGUCGAGUCGAUCAAAGUCGCGCUCACGUUCGCGGGACGGUCGGAAACAGCAGCAGUCGCAGCAGAAAGUUCGAAGCUACGCCUCCGAGGGGGUGAAGGACUAUGAUAUCUUCAACCUCCCAGGCUCGGACUGGUCGCUGCUGGCCAUCCUGACCGUCAUCGCGUGCGGUGUGCGGCUCUUUAGGAUCCAGCAGCCGACCAGCGUCGUCUUCGACGAAGUCCAUUUUGGUGGGUUCGCCUCGAAAUACAUCAAGGGUAGGUUCUUCAUGGAUGUCCACCCUCCGCUCGCGAAGCUACUCAUUACACUGGCGGGAUGGCUGGGUGGAUUCGACGGAGACUUUGACUUCAAAGACAUUGGCAAGGACUAUCUGGAGCCCAAGGUUCCAUACGUCACUAUGCGCAUGUUGCCCGCCAUCUGCGGUGUCUUGACGAUUCCAACCAUGUUCCUCACUCUCAAGGCUUCUGGGUGUCGUACCACGACGGCAGCAUUGGGUGCAGGUCUCGUCAUUUUCGACAACGCCCUCGUUACUCAAUCCCGCCUUAUCCUACUCGACUCGCCCCUCAUCAUUUUCACGGCCCUCACAGCACUCGCAUGGACCAGCUUCAUGAACCAACACGAACAAGGACCCGCCAAGGCAUUCAAGCCAUCCUGGUGGUUCUGGCUAGCGACUACAGGUGUCGGGCUUGGCGCAACUGCCAGUGUCAAGUGGGUUGGCCUGUUCACCAUUGCUUGGGUCGGCACUUUAACACUGGUCCAACUGUGGGUUCUGCUCGGUGACACCAAGAAUGUGACGCCCAGGCUGUGGUUCAAGCACUUCUUCGCUCGCUUGUUCUGCCUGGUUGUGAUCCCUGUCUCGUUCUACAUGGCCAUGUUCGGAAUCCACUUCAUCUGCCUGGUCAACCCUGGUGAGGGUGACGGCUUCAUGUCCUCCGAGUUCCAGGCGACAUUAAACUCCAAGGCUAUGCAAGAUGUGCCGGCAGAUGUCGCAUACGGAAGCCGCGUGUCCCUGCGACACUGGAACACGCAGGGUGGCUACCUUCAUUCGCACAGCCACAUGUACCCGACCGGAAGCAAGCAGCAGCAGAUUACUCUGUACCCGCACAAGGACGAGAACAAUGUGUGGAUCAUGGAGAACCAGACUUUGCCGAUCAUGCCAGAAGACUACACUGGACCCAACCUGACUAGCCCGAAAGCGUGGGAUGAGCUGGGUCCCGUCUACAUCGAAAACGGUGCCAUCAUCCGCCUCUACCACAUCACAACCGACCGCCGUCUUCACUCUCACGAUGUCCGCCCGCCAAUCACGGAAGCAGACUGGCAGAACGAAGUGUCUGCAUACGGAUACCAAGGAUUCGACGGUGAUGCGAACGAUCUUUUCCGUGUCGAGAUUGUCGCCAGCAAGUCGGAUGGAGCCGUGGCUAAGAAGCGUCUUCGCACGAUCCAGACCAAGUUCCGACUGGUGCACGUUAUGACUGGAUGUGCGCUUUUCUCUCACAAGGUCAAGCUACCUGAGUGGGGUUUUGAGCAGCAAGAAGUUACAUGUGCCAAGCAAGGCACGCUGCCCAACAGCAUCUGGUACAUUGAGGGCAACGUGCAUCCGCUCAUGGUGGAUGGCGAGGUGGAAAAGGUCAACUACCGCAACCCGGGCUUCUUUGGAAAAUUCUGGGAGCUGCAGAAGGUCAUGUGGAAGACAAACGCCGGGCUGACCGAGUCGCACGCCUGGGACUCGCGUCCUCCGUCGUGGCCCAUUCUCCGCCGCGGUAUCAACUUCUGGGGCAAGCACAGCCGCCAAAUCUACCUGUUGGGCAACCCGGUGAUUUGGUGGACGUCGUCGGCGCUCAUUGGCCUGUACGUGGUUAUCAAGGGCAUUGCUAUUCUCCGAUGGCAGCGUGGCUACAGCGAUUACAACAACGUUGUGUUCAAGCGCUUCGACUACGAGGUGGGCAUGAGCAUUCUCGGAUGGGCGUUCCACUACUUCCCCUUCUACCUGAUGGCACGCCAGCUGUUCCUGCACCACUACCUUCCGGCGCUGUAUUUUGCGAUUCUUGCGCUUUGCCAGAUGUUUGACUUUGUGAGCUACCGGUUCAGUGUGUUUGGACUGAGGCAAUACCCAGCCAUUGGCCAAGCCGUGGCUGUGGGCUUCCUGGCUGUUGCCAUCAUGGUGUUUUCGCUGUUUGCGCCGCUUGCCUAUGGCAAUGCGUGGACCAAGGACGCAUGCAACAGUGUCAAGCUCUUCAACACUUGGGACUGGGACUGCAACAACUUUCUCCCCUCUUACGAAGCAUACCACAGCCAGGGCGAAGCGGCAGUGUCAGCUGUGGAGCCGUCGUCAGCGCCGGCUGCACCGGCGGUGGCGGACAUGAAGGCUGAGCAGGCUGAGGCGGCGCAAGUGCCGCUGCAGCAAGAGGCCGAGGUGGGCAAGCCGGAUGACGUCAUGUCGGAGGGGGCGAUCGUUUCCCCACCGCCUGUCGAGGCUCCGCAAGAAUUGCCUAUUGUCUCCAAGGAAGAGCGGAUCGAGUAUCGCGACGAGAAUGGGCGGGUGCUUGGUGACGACGAGGUCAAAGCGCUUGCGGGCAAAGUCAGCUUCAAGACGCGCUACGAGACGAGGACGCGUGUGAUUGACAAAGAGGGCAACGAGGUGUACGAGGGCUUGGUGGAGGCGCAUGGCGAUGCCGAAGAGGCUGGGGUUGCGCCGCCUCACCCUGACGCCGAGGGCCGAAACCCAGAGACUCAGGACAUGGCGGCAGCGGGGCAUCAGGCUAGCGACGCGCCACCGACUGUGGAAGCGGUGCAGGAUCAUGCAGAGGCAGCUCAGCCUGCGAGCGAGGCCAAAGGGGCAACUCAGGCAGCCGAGUAAGGGGAUUGGAUUCUUGUGUGGUUGGUUGGCACGUUUGCGGCCAGGGUGUUUCUCUUGGCUUUUUCUUUACUACUAUGCGUAGGGAGGGGACAUGGAGUAGCAGCGUGUGGAGCUGGCGGCGCUAGGGCUGGGAUUGCACACCCACACACCCACACACAUACAUACACAGGUUACGAGGGAUGGGUGUAGGGUGCAUUUGUACAACUAUCUAAUAUGUGAUUUGAAAAGGCA